ACGAACGCAUUUCAAAGAUGAAUAUGAAAAUUGAAUGACAAUUUUGUUUCAGCUACAGAACUACUGUAAUAGCAGUCGGUGCCAAGUCAUUAGUUUUAAUUUAAACGAAUUUCCAUCACACGUUGAAGAUGAAGCUUUACGUGCGUACCGGCCGGUUGUGAUACAGGACGCUCUCCAGCACACCGGAUCAAUUUUCUUCUUGGAAUGUAACAUUCGUUUCAAAAGAUUUGUAAUACCUGAAGUAUUAUUGAAUUUAUAUAACUCGGUCGUUAAGGGUAGCGGAAUUUUGACGUGGGCGAUGCCCCUUAAGAAUGCUGUAUCUAGUCGUACUCACAAAAAGAUGUUCGAUUAUUUUCGUACCGAUGCGGAUAACUUUUUGUUCGUGCAAAUGGUAUCGGCGGAUAUUAUAAUACUCGUCAAUACUGAAAGCACACAUAAGGAUGUGAUGCUGCCAUGGGUACAAUGUGCGUUAACUCAAGACUGUAUUUAUCCAAUAGGAGCUCAAUCUGGAGGUUGUCGAUUUAAUAAAAAACCGCAAUAUCGUUAUUCUGGAUGCCAUAACUAUGACGCGUCCGCAUUGAACAUAGUUUUAGGACUGAAGUUUAAGUUAGAUAGUAGUAAAUAUACGUAUCAGCCUACUUCUGAAUUAUUCAAAAUAGUUCCACUCGACAGAGCCAUUAUAGAGUUGCAAGGUUUAGAACAAAAUGCUACCACUGAAGGGAAACAAUACGAAUCUUCUUUUUCCUAAGAUAGCACUUUAUUACUUGCCUGACCAAAAAAAUGUUGUGAUAUUACUUUAAGUAAGUUUAUACGAUAUUCCAGUUUUUGAUAACACAAUUCCUAUCAGGUGGGAUUUGGUUAAAUUAUUUUUUUAUAUUAAAGUAAAAUCUUCAAAUUCAAUUAUCCGCAAUAUGAAAAGAGAACUCGGCAGAGCUCAUACCAUUUAUGGCAAUAAUCUUCGAUUCCAUUCACAAUGGAAUUUUACUUGCAAAAACACUGCAUACCUAGUGGACUAAAUAAUCCGUAAUUGCUCAAGUUCUGUUUGAUCUGCACCUAUUCGUAUUAUUGUAAUUACGUGUACCUGAAAUCUAUAUUUAAUCAGAUUUUUAGUUUAAAACAGGGCAUAGCUAUAAACCUGAACAGUAGAGGCACAUAGAAGUCCUUCUAGAUUCUGUGGGCAAAGAUGUUUGAAAAUAAUAUGGUUGUGAAUUACAAAGUAAACCUAAAAGGGUAAAGCAUUUUCAUUUAGUGACUGAGCAUACUAUGCACGUCUAAAAAUGUUGACAAGUAGGUAGGUACACAAGCUCUUUCUAGCCGGUAACAUUUGAAUUGGUAGUAAUCUUCUCGCACAAGCUUGUGUCACAAAAAUGUUACCAUCUAAAAAGCACUUGAGGGACUUUAGACGAACACAGUAGGCAAGGCAUCAUGUACUUAAUUAUUUACAUAGCAUCACAGUAUGAUUUUCAUCUAUCUCUAAAAUGUCUUGAACUGAUUUCAUUGUCUACAGUUCGAUUGAAAUCAUUCUGUGUCUCUAAAUCACUGUACAGAGAAAAAUGAAUCUCAAAUAAUUUUGUGAUUUCCUAGAAUAGACUGCUUAAAUAGAUAGGUAUAUAAGAACUGCUCCGUAGGUGUUUAAGUUUGCUCACUUCCCUGUAAUAAUAAGUAUUGCUUACCUAUUGGUAUUAUUUCAAGACUCCGUUAGAUAGAUGCAUUACUAAUAUAAACUACCUGUAGGUGUACCAUUCCAGUGUGUAUAUAUUUAUAGGACUAUUAAAAGAUGUACAGUAGUC